AUGAGGGCCGGCUUGUUCGCAACUGGUUCUCCCAUGGCCGCCGGCCCGUCGGGCGGCGCGUCGUACUUCCCCGCGUCCUGGUCCACCGGCACCUUCAAAGGCCCCCCUGCCGCCACCGCCGCCACCGCCGCCACGUCAUCCGUGGGGACCGUGCCGCCGAAAUCAGGGUCGCAUCCAUCGUUUGCCCCGUGGCGAAGACGGAGCGAGAGCGUGGGGAAUAUGGACUUGAUCGCGGCCCCCAGCUCCAUCUUCCUGCCUCGCAGCACCAGCGAUUGUUUCGACGUCGCGAACGUGUCGCAGCUGGGUAGGUCGGGAAUGUCAGCCGUCGCAGCAGCCGUCGCAGCAGUGGACGGCUACGGCCCGAUCGAUCAGCGGUACGGGCCUAGUGUCGCCAACGUACCUCGCAGCCGCGACGGCAGCGGCAGGCAAUUAGCCUUGGAGGAGUUACCGCAGCGUCCUGUGAGCGCAUCCGCGGAAUGUUCGGGGUCGGCAUCGAGAUUGUCGCGGGGUUCGCCACCUCAAGUCCAGCGGCCGGUCUCUCCGCCGUCUUUCACUCCCCCCAUCCCCGUCGCGGAGCCCGUCUCUCCCGAUACAGCAGAACCCGAUAUUAGCUUUCAGGCUCCGUACGCUGACGUGGCGCCUGCCGUGGUUGGCGCUGUCGGCGUGCAACGGCUGUCGCUGCAGGUGAACCGGCUGGAGGUCCACACAGACGGUCUCGGCAGCCGAGAUGGCAGUCCACGUGGCAGCUGCGGAAGCCCAGCUAGCAGCUGCGGCGUCAGUCCACGUGCCAGCUGGUCAGGCAGUCCGCAAGGCAGCUUCUUCGGCAGUCCACGUGGCGACAGCCACGGUGGCACGCAGCUGAACAGCAGGCAGAGCAGCAGGGAAACCAGUCCCAAAGAUCUUCAGGAGAUUAACUCCUUCGAGACAAACCACUUCCCGGCGGGGAGAGUAGGCAGCCGCGCGGGAAGCCACGCGAGCAGCGUCGCGCACAGUGUGUCGGGGAGUGUCGUGAGCAGUCCGAGGGGCGUCAGCUGUGGCUACAGUGCCUCCUGGGAGCUGCCUGGCGCCGGCGAUAUCAUCCGCUCCCCCUUCGCGCCGCCCUCGGCGCAGACGGCGCGCAGCAGCGGGCAGCCGACCAUUCAGGAGCUUCUAGAUGCGCUUAAAGCCAUCAGCCUGGACGCCGCGCUCGAAAGCGCCGCCGCUGCCGUCGCCGCGGCGACUGCUGCGGCCGUCGCGUCGAUGCCGCCCGGCGUGUCGAUCCCCCUGCCAGCCCUUUCCCCGUCCGCGUUAUUAGCCCCGAUUGGGGUCCAAAUAGCGGGGGAGGGCGAGGGGUUGGGGCGCAGGCUGAGCGGCGGGUUGGACGGCGCGAGUCGGCCGGGAUCGCCGCUAGCGCCGGUGCUGGAGGUGCCGCACGAGGAGGAGCGCAGCUGGGAUCCCCCGCCCGCCCCCGCUGCGGUGGGUUGUAGCGACGACGGCGCGGACGACAGUCCCUUGGGAUCGCCGAUUCUAGGGUUAGGCGGGCGCGCGUUUUCGGAGAACGGGAGGGGGACGGGCGGCGGGAGGGCGGAAGAUCUGCGGAAGAGCCGCAGCGUGAGCGGCGGGGAGCGCGUUGGGACGGAGGUUGUGAAUUUCCACGCGGCAUCUCCGCUGGUGGGCGCGCGUGCCGCGGAGGGGGAGCUGGCCGUGCGCGCGCAGCACCAGCGCGCAGGCGAGCAGCGCGCGGGCGAGCAGCAGGCGCUCUCUUCCGCGGUGUGCAGCGCGUUCAGCAGCCGCAGCACGUCCGCGGACGGCGGGUCGGAGGAGAACGACCCCCUGGGGGACCUUCCAGGCAGCUUCGCGAGCCGUCUGGGUGGCGGGACCGCAGCUAACGGGCAUCCUGGCGGGCAGGGAGCGCGGGAGGCAGGCGCAGGGGCUAGCGGGGGGGUGGGGGGAUCCCCGCGGCUUUCCGCGCGUGCGGUUUUCCCGCCUUCGUUUUCGUUAAGCCACUAUCUGCAAGACGACGACGACGGGGAACCGCUGGAGGAGGGGGAGGGAGAGGGGGAGGGGGAGGGGGAGGAUGGGGCAAUGGGUGUGCGGAAAGUGCGGGAAGCGGGGGAGAAGGGGGGAAUGGGAGAGAGGGGGAAAGGGGCCGAGGAUGGAGAGAGGUGGGGAAAGGAGGCAGACGAGGCGCAGGAGGCGGAAAACGGAAGUGGGGGCAGAGGGGCGCGGAGGGACAGAGAUAGGCGUGGUGUCGCGGGCGAGGGGGCGAGGGAGGCAGGCGGACGAGGGGGGAGGAGAGGGGACAUAAGAGCGGAAAAGCAGAGCAGCAGCGGGACCCAUAGGGCAGAUCUUGGAGCUUCAAGCCCUGGCCGCGUUAUGGUCAACAGCGACAGUAUUGGCAGCAGUAGCAGCAGCAGCAGCAGUGGCAGCAGCAGCAGCAGUGGCAGUAACAGCAGCAAUAGCAUCCCCGUGCUGAGUCCAUCGAGCAGCAUGGACGUGGGCGGCGAGGGGCAGGGGGACACGCCCUGGGCGGAUUAUGGGGAUGACAGCCGCAGGACCGCUCGUGCUGCUGCUGCUGCUGCCGCUGCUGUUAGUGCUGCUGAUGCUGCUGGCGCUGGCGAGCAAGUGAGGGGCGGAGAGGGCGCAGUGGAGGGGGAAAUGGGGGUGGUUGCGGAGGCGAAGGGCGCGGGCGCGGAGGGCGCGAGUGCAAGGGCUCCGCACGUGUGGAAGGCGGGGCCUGGGCGGGGGGAGAGGCGGAGGAGCUUUGACGUGCGCGCGCUGCGGAAACCGGAGGAGGGGGAGGCGGAGCAGAGGCGCGAGGGCGGGAGGAGCGGGCGCGGGGAGAGUUGGGCGGAGGUGGACUGGCUGGGGCUAGAGUUUGGCGCGUGGCGGGGGGAGGACCUGGGCGGAUUCACGUGGGAGGAAGCGGAGGCUGUGUGGGUGGUGGAGAGGGCGGGGGGGAAGACGACAGGGGGAGGGGGGAGUGGCGGGGAACUGGUGAAGGGGGAAGGGGUGAUUGUGGGGGGGCAGGUGAGGGGACAUAUGGGAAGCAAUGGGGGACAGGAGAAGGUGACAGAUGGGGUUGGUGACCUGGGAAAGGGGAGGGAGGGGAGGGAAGGGGAAGAAGAAGUGAAGGCGGGCAUGGGCGGCCGUGGGGAGGAGGGUGGGGAGGCAAGUGGAAGGGGAUUGGAGCUUGGGGGGAGUGGGGCAGGAGAGAGUGAUGGGAAAAGAGGCGAUAGCAUGAGAAAAGGUGCAGGAAGGUGCGAGGAUGUGCAAAGCGGUGGCAGUGUAGAGAAGGAGAAAGAGGUGGCGGUGGGGGGAGCAGCGAGGGGCAGACGAGCGAGGGCGCUGUUCCCGACGUGUGUGUCGUUGAGCCACUACCUGCGCGACCCCUCCCAGCCUGACGACGACGAGCCCCUGGAGGACGUGGCGCACCAUGGGGGGGCGGGCGCGCAUGGGCAGCAGGGCGCGCAUGGGGGGCGCAUGGAGGAGGCACAGCAGGGGGAGGGGGAGGGGGAGGGGAGGAGAGAGGGAGAGGGUUUAGUGAUGGUUACGGGGCGAGAGGGAAGUGCAAGCGGAGGGGCGGACAGGCCGGGGUUGAACCAGGGGGCCGGUGUGCUGCCUGCUCGUGCCCGUGCCCCUGCCAGCCUCCGUUUCUCACCCUCCAAGCCGCCUCGCCCAUCCCCAUCUCCUCCCUCCCAUGCCGCCCCGCCUCCCCCCUUUGCUCCUGCUGCUGCUGCUGCUGCUGAUGGUGGUGCUCCUGCGCUCCCAUCACUGCCCACGCCGCUCCCACCGUCCCCCCCGCCUGCUGCUGCUGCUGCAUCCGUGUGGGCCUCUCCCGGGGUCUGUGUGGCCCACAUGGACGCGUUUCUCAGAAACUUCCUGGAUCUUUCAGCCACGCCUUUCCUCUCACUCGCACUGCCCUCGGCCACCAUCGUGAGCUGUAACGAUGCCACGUGUCACACACUGGGAUGGCCACGUCAGCAGCUGCUCUCCCACAAGCUGGCCUCUCUGCUCGUUCAGAAUCAACCACAGCAGCAAGGGCAAGCCCAUGAGGAAGAGCAACGGCAGGAGGACCUGAUGCAGACCGAGGGUGGGGAGCAGGAAGCGGAUAUGGGACUCAGGGAUAGAGCGAUGGGGGUGCGGCAGCAGGCAAACUCCUCCUUGGAUUCCUGGUUGGCGGCUAUCACGCGCACUGGGGUUGGGGAGGGCCCCCUUACAGUCACUCUCACCCGACCCAAUGGGUUGGCUGCUGUGCGUGCCACUCUCUUUGCUGCCACCCUGCACCCCUGCUCUCCGCCCUCCCAUCCCUCUCAACCAUUCCACUCUGCGGGAGCAGGCAGCGAUGGUGGUGGUGGUGCAGCAGCAGCAGCAGCAGCAGCAGGGGAGGCGACGGUGGGCAUCAUGCUGCAGGUGCUGCCAUGA